GUGGAAUAUAUCUAUGCACAAAAAAGUUUUUACAUAAUACAAGUGCAAAUAUUUACAUCUCCGCCGCUCAUGUCCUUGAUUCUGUUCUUCCAUCCGGGAUGACCAUCUUGAAAUGUCGUUUGGACAGUAUUAAGUGGAAUGGUACAAGCGGAUUGCAGAUAGCUUGUCAGAAGACACACGAUAAUAUAAGAAAAGCUGCUAUAUCCUUGUUAGAAGGUAAAAUAGUGGCAUUCCCCACGGAGACUGUGUACGGAUUAGGUGCAAAUGCUUUUAAUGAGAAAGCAGUAAACUCAAUAUUUAAAGCAAAGGGAAGGCCUAACGACAAUCCACUCAUUGUACAUGUUUCUAGCUUCAAAAUGUUUGAAAAGUAUUUCAGUCAGCCAAUGCCCUCAAGUUAUGAUAUCUUAACGAAACACUUGUGGCCUGGACCGCUUACUAUACUAGUGAAUAGUCCGGAAACUCUACCUGGUGAAACGACAGCCCAUCUAACGACUGUUGGCGUUCGCAUGCCUUCUCAUCCUGUUGCAAGGGCUUUGAUUGAAAUAAGUGGUACACCUCUAGCAGCACCAUCAGCUAAUAGUUCAGGUAAACCAUCGCCCACAACUGCUGAUCACGUCUUCGAUGACACCUUUCAACGAAAUGAAGCAAGAGAAGUUAUGGAUUUUAUACUAGAUGGUGGUUCUUCAGAUAUUGGACUAGAGUCGACUGUUAUUGACGGAAUAUCUGAACCUGGAAAGAUUAAGAUAUUAAGACCGGGUGGCGUUACUGUUGAAGCUAUAGCUAAUAUAGUCGGCAUAGAAAAUGUAAUUUAUGAAAGGAACACGGUCGUAUCGGAUGACUUCAAACCGAAUACGCCUGGUAUGAAAUAUAAGCAUUAUUCACCUAAUGCUAAAGUAAUGUUGAUUCUUCCCUCAACUGCACAUUCGAAGAAAGAAAGAAGCGAUCCUACUGAAAUAAUAAAAAAACUACCUCCUAACCAAAGGAUUGGAUGUAUGACACUUAGUGGAUCUGAUUUGACAAAGAAACUGAUUAAAACUGAUGAUGAUAACCUUACGUCACAAAAGUCAAGCAUAAGAGAUGAUUUAGAGAUGAUACCGUACAUGCUUGGCUCGAGUAGAGACACCGCGACUAUUGCAAGGAACAUCUUCGGUGGUCUUCAUGCUUUGGACAAGAUCAAAGUGGACUAUAUUAUUAUUGAAGGUGUGAGUGAAGUGAAUGAAGGUUUAGCAAUUAUGAAUAGACUAUAUAAAGCAGCUGGUAAUAUUGACAAUUCUCAUAGGAACUCUUUUACGCUUCAUGAUGUCGCUGUAGCUUUGAAAAUCGAAGUACCAAUUAAGAACUCACCGAUAUUUAGACCGGAAUCACUUGAUAUUAUGGAUAGUAAUCAAUUAAAGAAUGAGUUAAUAAAUAUUGAAAAGCAGAACUUGCACUAUCAAUCAGAACUUAGUCUAAGUACGGCGAUCUCUUAUGAGCUAUAUCAGCAGAAUGAGAAACUCAAUAAGGAUUAUGCGGACUUGAAUACUGAAAUUGAAGCUUUUAAAUCACUUAUUCAAUCACAUCUUAAAAUCGAAACUUCAGAUUUGAAUAUGCAAAGACGUGAAUUGAGCUUCGCGCUCAAGCAAGAAGUUGAGAAUGCGAACUCAAUGGCUUGGAUAGAAGCUCAAGCGAGUGAACUGAAACUAGAGCUUAAUGCAGUAAAACAACAGUCAAGUCGCGAGAUACUCCAAACUAGAAAGCAAUUACGCGAUGUAAUUUUGGAGCGUGAUAACUUAAAACGGGAUUUGAAGUUUUCCAAGGAGCGUUUUGAUGCUUUACAAAGUCAAUCAUCCCAGUUAAUGCUCGCACGAAAAUCAUGGUCUGUUUUCCGUCAGGAAUGGAGGAGAAAUGAUGAGCAAAACACUUUCAACACUUCUAAUAUUCAAUUCCCUCAAGUUAAAAAUGACAGUCCAUUGGCGGAGCGCAGGAAAAGCCUUUCAGGAUCAGAAGUAGUUUCUUCAUCAGGCUUGACACCAAAAGUUUUGAAGUCAACCAAUAUACCUUUAUCAGAGAUCAAAUAUAAACCAUCUUCAAAGAUUGGCUUCCCUAAUGCUUCAUCCAAUUCAACGUUAUUUAAUAAGCGAAUAAAACACAAAAAAUCUUUCUCUGACAGUGCAUUUAUCAUGAAUUCUGAUCAAAGGAGGAUAUUGACACUCGAAAAUGAGCUUGAGAUUGCUAAAUUUGCAAACAUGAGAACGCAAGCUGUCUUCACUUCAAUUGAAAAUUUUACGACAUUUAUUUUCAAUAUACCAUCGUCUCUAACUUUAAGUCAAGUUUUUUUGGCUAUUUAUUUGUCAGUGACUUCUAUCUUUUUGAAUACGGCAAUACGUGGGUUAGCUAAAGUGCUGCUAUACGCAUACUUUUCACUUGUAUUGACUCUUUUGAUAAUUAAAUCUCAACUUACGAUUACAUCAUCUAACAAAUCAAGUCUUAAAGCUAUAUUAUCAAGAAAUUCCACAUAAAAUCUUAAAUCCGUCUAACGCAUUUAAUUAUC